AGUCUGUUGCAUAACACUUGUUGCCUAAGCUGGCCAAGGGAGACCGGUUUCAGACCGGAGACUGGCUUCUGAGGGAGGAGCAGGUCCUGAUGUUUGGAGCAGGAAGAAGGAGUGACGUACAACUUAUACAUGUGGCCAUUUCACGAAUUUCACUAUAAAAUUCAAAAUUUGCAGCUGAAACAGAAAAAGGCAUGAAUGCAGGCAACCCUGCCAACAAUGGGUUUGGGGAUAUUUUUCAUGAGAAAGCAACAGUGUUACAUACUAAAAAGCUCCAACAAAUGGAUUUUCCAUUAUAUGACCCCUUUAAGCACCAACAAGAAAUGCACCCUCAAAAGACUGAUUUAAGAAGGGCUGCUGAUUUGAUUGGAUGCCUGGUGAAUGAGCAUUAGAUUGGUGUUAUUAUAGAAACUCACCUACUCAGGUCAAAGCACUGAGGUGUCUUUUGAAUAGUUUCCUAGUUAAAUAGACAUUAGAUCUUUUCUGGUGUUUUAUUUCUGUCCAGCUGGUUUUCUGACAUCACUCAGCCAGAUCCUUAUGCACAAAUAUGGUUACGUCUGGUUUUCUGCAGACCAACGAUGUUGAAGGCUUCUUGCCAAACUCCGAGCUUCAGAUUGGUAGUUCAUGAGUCAGAGCUUGACGUCAUGUAACUUGACCACUUCAUCCAGUCUAUUCAUUUCCAUUUUCUCCUUUUUCUGUCUCCUUGGAUUAGACAUGAUGACAGGCGUUGAUUUUGGUUUAGUCAUUCAGCAAUGUUGGGUUUGCUAUUAAUAGCCAGCGGUUGCUGUUAGUUUUACAGUAGACUCUUUCUCAGUCUAUCAUCCUUCCAUCUUUCUCUUCCCACCACUGCUGCUCCUCCUACUUGCCUUCUCUUCUUAAAGCUUCCUGACUUCAUCAGCUGUGGUAACCAUUAGCUUUUGUGCUGAGUAAUGUUCAUUUUUCCUUCUCCAGUCUGAACAUCCGUGGAGAGAUGACCAAGAAUGCUCGGGGUUACUCAGAUAGGAUAAAAGAAAUAUUCCUUAUUUGAAUUUGCUAACAGAAACUAUACAUGUCUGAUCUAAUGUCGCUGAUGCUAAAUCACUGCAUUGACAUCUAAUUGCAGUUUUUCUGAUUGACUUUUUAGUUUGUCUUAAUCAGUUGGAAAAACUGUCACCUUCUGAAGAUUUUCUCCUUUUCAAAGCAUCUUUUCAGUUAAAACAUCAUUGCAGUAAUCAGCAGUGCAUUCAGACCCCUGUGACAGAUUAUUACCAUAAUACUCCCGUCUCCUGAAUGCUUACCCAGAACCCCUCCCCCAUACUGGAUCCUCACUACUUAUCAGUCCUUCUAGUGUGCACAGAGUGGCUUGAAUUUCUUGUAAUAAUCUGUCCACGGCUUCCUCAAUUAACUGAGCAACCAGGAGCUCAGAUUUCACACAGGAAAAAGCACUUUUAUCUGCAACUUGGAGGAGUUCAGGCUGAGUGGUUUACCUCUGGUGGUGGUGGGGGGUACAGUGGUGGCAGCAGCACUCACAGGGAUAGCUUCCUCAGAGCACAACAGUCAGAGGCAGCGGAGGGAGCAGGAGGAGACAGAUGGAGAUGGUGUGAGACAGGGAGCGAGUGGUGGCAGACGCUGUGUUCUGUGUAGCAAUCAAAGGAAGGUGUUUAGUGGACGGAAGUGAGUUUGGCAGCAGUGGGGGUGUUACAGCAGAAGGCACUGCUUUAAGACAGUCGUGUGGUAAAAGGAGUAGAGAAAGUGAUCAUGAGGGGAAAUGGACUGACAAAUUAUAGUUCUGAACUCAAGCACCUCCACCAAGGUGAGCAUCUGCAUGUGUGCUCUCUGUAGCACAAACCUGAGCCCAGUCUGUGACGGAAUACCUGUGGAUCGGCACCAUGUGGAUUACAGCCCAGCUCUGAGGACCAGGAAGUAGCUGCGUCGUUUUCUCCACACAUCUUCUUACCUCAGAACAGCCAGGUUCCUAAUGAGCAAGUCGAUGUGUGGCUGUGGCUGCAGCAUCAUCUCCUCCCUGAUGAAGAGACUGGGCCGCACAGCUUGCUGCUCAGAUCUCCUCUCCUGCAGCCACACUUCAGAGCAGCUGCAGCGCCUGGCCACCGGCUGUCCGCCUCGACCAAAGAAUGUCAAGACCAUCCCCUCCUCAGACAGCCUAGCGAAGGUUCAGGAGGUAGCAAGCUGGCUUUUGGAAAUGAACCAGGAUCUGCUGUCGGGGGGCAGCAGCAGCAGGCGGAGCCGGGGCCCCGGGGGUCAGGCAGUACGAGGUAACGCCUCCUCUACGGCCCGGGCACCCCAGCAGGCAGCAGAGGAGGGUGAGGAAGAUGAUCACAUCAACCGGGUGGUUGAGGAAAGCGAGCAGCCACAGCAGAGGCCGGAUGCGUCACAGGUUGAUGAUGAAAGGGAGCAGCCAUGGGCACCCGCCGAGUCAGGAGCCAGCAACGGCCCUCAAGGAGAAGCAGACGAGGAGGAGAGAAGAGGAGGCCAGCUAAAUGAAGUGACCGGGGAUUAUAAAGGAGUCCGAUGGGUGUGGGGAGCAGAGCAGAGAGCGCUCCGAGGCCAGCCGCACCUCGAAGAGGAGGAAGAAGAGGAAGAAGAGGAGGAGAACAACAAUAGCAGCAGCCACCAAGAGGAGGAGGAGACAGAGGAGAGGACAGAGGGAGGGGAGGAACAAGGAAGGGAAGAGGAGGAGAGGGAUGAGGGUGAGGAGGAAGAGGAGGAGGAGGAUGACGAAGAGAUGGACCAAGACAGUGAUGAGUUUGAGCAGGAGGAGGAGGAGGAGGAGGAGGUGGGAGAUGGGCUCCGCUCCCCCACUCUCAGGAACAAAGUGUCUGCCCCCAGGAAUAAUCAGGACUUGCUCUUCACACACCAAAGUUCUUCCAACAAGAAGAUGAAGAGAAAGUUGGACCAUGGCCCCGAGGUCCGAUCGUUCCCUUCAGGAAAAAAACCCUGCAAAGGCUCAGAGUACCCAAGCCCAACAGGUAUUGUCCCAUGUCCCGCAACACCCACCACAUUCGGCCACAUCAGAGCAGCCAAUGGCCAGGGGCAGCAGAGGCGACGCAUCACCUCAAUCCAGCCACCUUCGGGUCUCCAGGAAUGGCUUCGAACAUUUCAGAGCUGGACCGGCCCAGAAAAGCUGCUGGCGCUGGAUGAGUUGAUAGACAGCUGUGAGCCCACACAAGUCAAGCACAUGAUGCAGGUGAUCGAGCCGCAGUUUCAGCGCGACUUCAUCUCCCUGCUGCCCAAAGAGCUGGCUUUGUAUGUGCUGUCAUUUCUGGAACCGAAGGACCUCCUCCAAGCAGCACAGACGUGCCGCUACUGGCGCAUCCUGGCAGAGGACAACCUGCUGUGGAAAGAGAAAUGCAGGGAAGAGGGUAUCGAUGAGCCUCUGCCUCCGAAGAAAAAGAAGAUUGUCAAGCCUGGCUUCACUCACAGCGCCUGGAAGAGCGCCUACAUCCGGCAGCACCGAAUAGACACCAACUGGAGGAGAGGGGACCUCAAAUCACCCAAGGUGCUGAAAGGACACGAUGACCAUGUGAUCACCUGUCUCCAGUUCUGCGGCAAUCGCAUUGUCAGUGGCUCCGAUGACAACACGCUGAAAGUCUGGUCGGCCAUCACUGGGAAGUGUCUGCGGACGUUGGUGGGCCACACGGGGGGCGUGUGGUCAUCGCAGAUGCGGGACAACAUCAUCAUCAGUGGCUCCACCGAUCGCACGCUCAAGGUCUGGAAUGCAGAGACGGGAGAAUGUAUCCACACCCUCUACGGGCAUACCUCAACAGUACGCUGCAUGCACCUACAUGAGAAAAGGGUAGUGAGUGGUUCUCGUGAUGCCACGCUCCGAGUCUGGGACAUCGAGACGGGUCAGUGUUUACACGUCCUGAUGGGCCACGUGGCGGCGGUGCGCUGUGUGCAGUACGACGGGCGACGGGUGGUCAGCGGUGCCUACGACUUCAUGGUCAAAGUUUGGGAUCCCGAAACGGAAACCUGCCUCCACACGCUGCAGGGCCACACCAACAGAGUGUACUCCUUACAGUUUGAUGGGAUUCAUGUGGUGAGCGGCUCUCUGGAUACGUCCAUAAGGGUCUGGGACGUGGAGACGGGGAACUGCAUCCACACUCUAACGGGACACCAGUCCCUCACCAGCGGCAUGGAGCUGAAAGACAACAUCCUCGUCUCAGGCAACGCGGACUCCACGGUCAAGAUCUGGGACAUCAAGACGGGCCAGUGCCUCCAAACCCUGCAAGGUCCUCACAAGCACCAGAGCGCCGUGACGUGCCUCCAGUUCAACAAGAACUUUGUCAUCACCAGCUCGGACGAUGGCACGGUGAAGCUGUGGGACCUGAAGACGGGCGAGUUCAUCCGGAACCUGGUCACUCUAGAGAGCGGCGGCAGCGGCGGGGUGGUGUGGCGCAUCCGCGCCUCCAACACCAAGCUGGUGUGUGCCGUCGGCAGCCGCAACGGCACAGAGGAGACCAAGCUGCUGGUGCUGGACUUUGAUGUGGACAUGAAAUGAGACGCCGAGGAAGGUUGAAGCGAGCAAACCGCAGAGAGGGACCGGGGAGAUGCAAACCUGAUGGACAGGCACCAGAACAACCAGAACUCUUCACCGAAACUCACAGAUGUUCUAGCAUCCACCACCAAAAAUAAAUAAAGGGGGCAGAGCUGUCCUCCUCCAUCAUCUCCCACCUCUCCCAGUUAGGCCCUCGUGUAUUCACUCCCCUCCCCACCUGCUUGCCGCGGGGCGGAGGGCACAAGCGGUCUGGGAGAACGGCGAGACGUAACGUAACAACCGACCUCUUCUGAAGCGACCGGUUCUGGGUCUGCUUCCCAUCGAGACUUGGUGUUACUCAAGCCUCACAGAUUUACAAACGUACAGAGAUGUUUUAUUUUUUAAAAGUCCUCUCUCCCUGUCACGCACACACUCACACACACACACACACACACACACACACACACACACACACACACACAGCCAACUUUUAACCAUAGGUAAAGAUGGGUGAAGAUGUCAGAGCUUAUUUUAUUUCAUCUUCCACACAGUUACUCCCAAAGAGCUGCUUGAUGUUGUGGAGACAGAGGAAGCGUCCGGAGCGUCCGGCCUGUAGUCAGGCUCGUUUCUCAUCACUCCAUUUCCGUUCUCGUUGUUCUCCACUCGGUUUCUGUAGUAUGAUUUUUAUUUCCGUAAAACCGCACACAACAACCCAACUGUGAAUUUCAAUACCGUCGUCAAAGGAAAGGAGGUUCUGCUGUUUUGUCUUUUCUCUUUUGUACAAUCCCAGUAUUAGAGAACCCAGCCAGUUUAGAGAUGCUGUCUGUGUCGACAUAUUAUUUGUUACUUUUCACGAUUUUCUUGACUUCCUGUUUUUCUUCGUCUCCAUAAUGAAAGUCAGUGCUGUCCAGAGUUUUUCAGAGUCAGUUCUGGAGGUUUCCUCAGCGCCGGUGCUGCAAAGCGAGGUUCUUUUGCUCUAAGCGCUGUGGAUUAAUCCCCCGGCCCCCCCGCCCCUCGACUGUUUUUCCCCGAGUGGCCAAAUUGAAUUUAUGCUGCUAGAGGAAUUGACGAGAGAGAGAGAGAGAUGUGGAACUUCUACUUGCUGUGACGUUUUAGUCCCAGGCGAAAUUCCAAAUUGAACUCUUGUGUGUUUGGACUUAUAGAAACAAAACGUGACAAGAUAGCAUCCUGCUUAUUUUUGUUUUUGUUUUGUUUUUGCAACUGAAACUUGAGCCAAACGUGCCUCUACGAGGCUGAGAGGAGGAAAGCGUGUCUGACAGAUACUGACAGGACCGCCUGCAGAGAGGAAACGAGGGGAUGUACACUGUUGGAGUGUCUGAGCAUGUGUGUGUGUGUGUGUGUGUGUGUGUGUGUGUGUGUGUGUGUGUGUGUCUGUGUGUGUGUGUGUGUGUGAGAUAGCGUGUUAACUUGUAAACACAUUCCUUUGGGACAAAGCUUUUUCAGCCUGUUCUCUGGGGAAGUGUAUGAACGCUGUGUGGACGGAAAAAGAAGGAAAAAAAGAAUUAAAGGAAAAAACUCAAACUAGCAGAUGUACUGAUUUAACACGUGAAUGAGAGAAAUGUCCGUAUUCGUGUGUUCUGUUUUAUUUUUUUUUUUUCCCAUUCAGAGGUGUCUGAAGCAACAGAGGAGACCAUCACAUGCAUCAGCUGACAGGUGGAGCUGCCGGAGUCUUAGUGUUACACAUGUUACGGUUCAAUUCCCCCGGGACAGGCGGAGGAAAUUAAAAACACAAAAAAGGCAACAAGUGUCGGACAGAAACGCUGUAGCCAAACAACACACCGUCUCAAUCUUCAAGUGUCACAACUCAAGCCGAACUGUGAAAGUGGUAUAACACUGUAAAUGAACGAAGAGAAGAAAAAAACAAUCUCGCUCUAUCUCCUCUUGUUGUUGUUUUUGUUUUUUUUGCUGUCUGUUUUAAUUUAUGAUCUGGUUUGAGAAAUCAGAUUUGUUGCAGGUGUUUUAUUUUGUUCAGUUCGUGUAAACUGCCUGGCAAAAAAGAAAACAGACAAAAAAACUGAAAGGGAUUGUGUAUUUGUUUGAUUCACUUAGAAAUUUUAUUUUCUUAUAACUUAAGUGCAAUAAAAUGUGGGUUUUUCUUUUUUCAUUUCAAGCAUA